UUCAAAAUCAUCCAACCAAGCAAUCAAGUCAUCACCAAGCCAUCACCAUUUUAUAACCAAACCUUAUCCCAAGUUUAAAAACACCCACAAUGCCUGCUCCAGCUGAGGUCCAAGCCGCCACCAUCGAUAAGUUCAUUGAGGGAUGGGGCACAAACAACCCCGAAGCGUGGGUUGAACUAUGGACUGAUGACUGCACCAACAAGAUCCUGCCUUUCUCACUCAAUGCGCCACCCAUGAGCAAGGACACUGUUGUUUCGAAGGCUCUUCCCAAGCUUUUUGGGAACCUCACCAACUGGAAGUUGCAAGUUUACGACAUCGUUCACGAUACCAAGAAGAGCAAGGCUGCCAUCUACGCAACUUCCAAAGCUGACACUCCCUUCGGCGACUUUAAGUGGGCCAACGAAUAUGCGGCUUUCGUCACCUUGACUGAAGACGGAAAACAGAUUAGCAAGAUUGAGGAGAUGGUCGACACCGCCUUCUUUGCUGAGAUGGAUCGACAAGGUGCUGCCCAUGCUGCCGCCGCAGCUGCAGCCGCUAACCCUACCACUACUGUUUCUGCCUAGACAACUAAGUGCACAUCAUUGAUAGAAACAUCUAAAUGGCGAGUGGACUCUCUUAAGCAUAUAAGACCAUUCAAUCUAAAAUAGUUCGAUGGUUC